AUGGAUUCAUCGUUAAACGAUACACAGAAUGAUCAGAUAUUAAAUCAAUUAUCAUCAAAUACAAUAGCUGAGGAAUCAAUUUUCAAUCUGAAAAUAUCUAAUAUUUAUCUGAAAGAAAUUGAUUCUCUUCUAAAGCGAUUAAUUUGUUUAAAUAAAUUGCCAUCAAUUGUAGACGCUAAAGUUUCUGAAUUUGAGUCAUCAUUUUCUCAAUAUUAUUUAUUAAAUAAAUUUUUAAAUGAUGAUGAACAAUUACAAACGUCUAUUACUCAUCUCAAACAGGAAUUUAAACGAAUUUAUAUACUUGUAUAUGAAGCAAAUAAAAUAUCAAAUGAACUACAAUGCUGUAUAGACUAUAAUGUUAUAUUACAAAUACCUGUUUCAUAUUUGAAAUCGAAUGAGCGUGUAUCUAAAUAUAUAUCUUCCGAGAAAACGUGUAACUUCUAUGAACUAGUUGUUCAAGUCAAACGACAAAAUUCAGUAAUAGAUGUAUGGAAUAUAGAAGAAUUUGAAUGUAGACUAAGUACAAUGAAAGAUAUUUAUGAUAGAUGGAAAAAAUCUGAAAAUAAAAAUAAUUUCUUAGUAAAAGAAUUAAAACAAAAGAAUGUAUUUUAUAAUGAAACAUCUAAAACUCUUAUUGGGGUUGCUAAUAUCUACUUAAAACCGUUAUUUUACAAUUCAAAAGUCGAUUACACAGUGCCGAUUAUUAAUACAAAAGGCGAGACAUCUGGUUCAUUGAAUAUUACUCUUGAUGGAAUCGGAUCAUUUUCCAUGAAUAAAAUAAAUGAUUUUCAAGUAAAUACUACAACGACAGUCUAUAGAAGUAUGAGUGAAGGAAUUAGUGCUGAUAUGGAUGAACAAAGUCUUAGUAAUGUUAGUGCCGGUGAAUAUAGUCUUCAAGACGAAGGUAUUGAUGAAUCAAUUUCAUUCUCUAAUGGUACAAAUGAUCAAAUGACAGUAAAAUUUUCAAUAAAAGAAGCACGUGGUUUACCUCCAUCUGAUACUGAUAAUGUCAUGUGUCGAUAUACAUUAAUGAACGCGGUGAUUGAUCAGACAGUUGUUUCAGUAAAACCAUUCGAUGAUGAUGAAAUCGAACGAAAACCGAAUACAUUUUCAUUUAUUCAUGAAAAAGAGUUUACAUUUCCAAUAACGAAUGAUUUUCUAUCAACACAUCGAGAUAACUGUAUAUCAAUCGAAGUUUAUUAUCAAUAUAAAUCAAAAUUACAAUUAAAUCCUAUAGUAGAAAAUAAUACAAUCAAUCAAUUUGAUAUCAAAACUCAAGAAAUCAAUAGACAAUGGAAACAUAAGAGAAGUUAUAUACAAUGUGCUGUUGAAAUACAUGAAUUCGAUGAUGUUUCAAAACAAUGGCAACCUAUUGAUGCUGAGCACGUAGAAGGAACUACUAGUGGAGGAAUUUAUCGUUUAAAACAGGACGAACCAAAACGUCUUGUGAUAGACUUACGAGUACUUCCUAAAGAAAAUUCUAUACCAUUAUCAAUUUCUACUAUACAAUCUGUUGAAAUUGGUUCAAUUAGUAAACGAAGAAUCGAUGCUCCAAUUCAAUUAGAUUCAUAUCAAGAUAAAGAUUUACAAUACAUAAAAGAUGAAUGGUUAGAUUCAAUUAAUAAACGUAGACGUCAUAUUAAAUCUCAGAUAAAAUAUCUCAGUGAAAAAACAAAUGAAAGUCAAGCUGAUAUUCAAAUGGGAACUAUUUUGCUUGAAAAACUCGAACAAUUAGCUAUAGAACAUAAUAUUGCUCUAGUUCCUCCAGUGGGUAGUGGAAUACCGGGUGCUUCAAUUACUUGGAAUCCACCAAUAUCAGCUGAAGAACGUCUCCCACUUAUAUUGUUAAAUCUAGAUCCUUUUACAUUGAAUAAAUCAACAGAAAUAGUGGGUGAUCAAAUAGAAUUAUCUGACGAAAACAUGAAUGAUAUGUGUGAACUACCAUUAGUUCAAAAUAGAUCGAAUUCAACUCGUGCUAUUGCUCGAUGGGAUCUAUCAACGACAAUGAAUCAAGUUACACCUGAUGGUACAAUUGUUUAUUUGAUUGUCAAGAUAAUUGUAAUGAUUAGUGAACCAGUUCCAAUGAAAGUUGUUUUACGUAAACGUAUUGCUGUUAUAAUUAGUAAACAAGAAGGAUGGUUGCCAACUAAAAUGUUUAAAAAUAUUCUCGGCUAUGAAACAUCGAAACGAACAAGUGUUUUUUAUGAAAUAAUAUCGACUCUACCAAAGAGUUUCUAUGAAAUUGAAGAUCAAAAUCAAUUGGAUCCUGACUAUCUUUCACAAAAUUAUAUUGAAAAAUGUGUUCAAUAUGCUUCAAGUAUUGAUUCACUUCUAUUACGUGAUAAUUUAAGACAACAAGUUUUAUUAGAAGAAAAUUGUGUUAAACAACAAAAAAUACGAAAAGUGACAAGUGUAUCAAGUUUACCAUUUGGAGAAAAUGAGGCCUGCGCCGCCAAUGAUAAUGAGAAUGAAAAUUAUUCAAUUGAUUCUCAAGUCAUUGUCAAUACUGGUGUUUCUAUAGUUAAUAAACCUGGUAUUAUUCGUUAUAUUGGAAAGACUAUUAUUAAGAACGGUAUUUGGUAUGGAAUUGAACUUGAGGAAGCAGUUGGAAAAAAUAAUGGUUCAUAUAAGGGUGAAAUCUAUUUUGAAUGUGCUGAUAAUCAUGGAACAUUUGUACGUCGUGAUAAAAUUAAACUGAUUAAUUAA